AAGAUUUUGAUUUAGAUGCAUAUGAUGAAUUAUUCGAAACUAAAGAAUUACAAUCAGACAUUAGUGAACAGCAUAAACAAGAUUAUCUUGAAAAACUCAGAAAACAAAAAACUCAAAUUGAUUCUUCAAAAUUGAAAACAUCUACUGAUGAAGUUUCUCUUCAAUUAUUAAUUAAUCUAGAUGAUUUUCAUAAACAACAAGAUAUAAAAAAAGAUCAAACACAUGUUAUUGAACAAUUCUAUCCAUAUGCUUCAAUACUUGGACCUCAACUUCUUCUGCCUUAUUUGUCUGAUAAUCAAAAACGAUUAUUUAUGAAAUUAGAUUUUGCUGAAGAACAAAAUAUUGAAGAUUAUAAAAAACAAGAUCAACGAGAAAAUGUUAAACAACAAAUGAAUAAAUAUUCUGAUAUAAUAGAAAAAGAAUUUAGUAAAUCGGAUAUGAAAAUUGAAGAAGAUUUACAGCAAAUACCUACAUCGAUAUCAAAAUUAUCUGCAGAUGAAACGUUUCCAUCUAGUGAAACAGACAAACUUUAUAUUGAUGAUCAAUCAAUGAAAACUUCGACAGAAAUACAACAAAUAAUUGAACAAUCAUCUAGUGAAAAACGUUUAUUACAAAUUAGAACAUCAUCUCAAACAUCGGAAGAAGACAAAACAAGACUCAUAGGUUAUUCAAAAGUUUCGGGUCUUAUUAAAAAUGUUUUAAACGAUCAAAAACAUCAUCAAGAACUAAUUAAAUCUGUACAUAAACAAAUUAUUGACAUUGAACAAAUAACUAAUGAAAUAAAUAUAGAUUCAGAAAAACAAGAAAUUUUUCAUAAUUUAAAUAAUCAAUUCUAUCAAUACAAAAAUGAUUUUAACCAAAUUCUACAACAUGAAUACUUUGAAAUCCAACCGAUAUUUCGAACACGUCUUGAAUUAGCUAUUCGAACACUUGAUAUAGAUUUACAACUAAUAGGGCAAAUUCUUAAUGGUAAAACAUUAACAGAUAUUAUUCCUAAUAAACCAUCAAUUAUAAUAAAAACAUCUUUGCAAUCUAUGACACCAAUUGAAUUACAAAUUCAUAAAGAUAUAACAUUGAUUCAUGAUAAUUUAUCAACAAUAGCUAUGAAUAUGAAAAAUUGUCAAACAAUAAUUCAUGAAAAGAAAAUAUUACAAGAUUUACUAAGAAUAGAUAUUGUAAGUUAUUAA